AUGACUGCCCCCUCGAAGCCGCUUCCACCUGUCGUCGCGGUACCCAUUCCCAAGAUUGUGAAGCCCGUGACUCCUGCAGAGCAGUACUGGGCUGCGCGAGCUCUUACUGCGGAAGCUAUUCUGUCUGUGAAGACGCAGCACCACGAGGAGAUUAAGAUGUUGGCUGUCGUGGAGGAGACGAAACGCACCGUGAGUCUGUCUUCCGUCGCUGCGUUUCAUCAGCAAGAAGUAGCACAAGUGAAUCAGAUGCAUGAGUCAAGGCAAAGAAGAUUGGAGGCCAUAGCAAUCGCAUUGCUCACGGCGCUCGUCGGCCUUGUCGCUUUCCUACUGUACACACUUCAGGCAAAUCAUUCUCCCGCGCGACAAUCUCGCAGUGUGCACUUCACCAUCCCUAUCCUGUCGCCGUUCGCCUCAGUGGUCGAACAUGAAUCGUCGGUAAUUGGGACGAAGAUAUUGACUGUCAUUAUUUUGACAGCUACCGUGGUAGCGUACGGCUGCUUCCGCUUCUGGAUGGCGCACCGUCUAGGUCGCUAAUCUCGUGGCUUGGGACUGGGCUCGGGUGAGCAGUUUGCUGUACGGGCCAUACAGGUUCAACAUAAUCGAUUUCCAGAGCAGCUCUCGUCGCAUUCAAGAUUCCACCUUAGCAGCAGCGGGCGAAUAAGCAUACUGCUCGCGGAAUCAUCGUUUGCUGCUUGCAGUGCCCGGUUGCGACCUCGGCCCUUCUCCCAUCUGCUAUCGUGCCAUCUGGGGCCUCAUUCUAAGCUUGGCGUAUGCCCGCUUUGUUGCAUUUAUGGUCGUAGACCGGACAUUUUGCGCGCCAGUCGGACCCGGCUGCACUUCACUUUCAUUCCAGCUCUGGCCACUUGCAAACCCUUCCACUCUCUCAACUCCCACUAUUAUUCGUCUGGAUUUGGAUAUACCCCGAAACAGUGACUAAUGAACUGCUGACUGGCGAGUCAGGUAAUAAAUCAUGUCGCAGGUUACGCCCGGCAAGGCAGAUGGAGCCGACUCUCAGAUGUUCUUGACCACACUCAUCCUCAACGCCAGUAUCCUCGCGCUCUUCUAUUGUUCCCACCCCUUCCCUGGCGCUCUGAAAGUUGACGCAACAAGCUGUCCCAAAAAUCUCUGACAGCAAGGCAUUGCCGUAUGUGAUGUAUUCCAUACGCACCCGAUGUGGGAUAGCGGAUCCAAUCUUAACACGGUCCCAGCCCGUGGCAUCAUCUCCCAUCUCAUCUGAUCAAUAUGGUCAGGACAUGAGAGGAGUACAUUGCCGUCCCAGCCCGGAAUGUGGCACAGCCCCUUCACUCGCGCGUCAACUCGUCCGUAAUGCGUGUCAGCAUUAACGUCGCCGUACAGGAGAAACAGUGAGCACCGGCAUCGUGACGAAGAGCAUACGCGUACCUCGUCUAGAUGGCAUAAGGUUCGUUCGGGAUGUAUU